AUGCUUGAAAAGUUAGCUGGACAUAAAUAUUAUUGCUUUCUAGAUGGUUAUUCUGGAUAUAAUCAAAUUGUUGUUGCACCUGAAGAUCAAGAGAAGACUGCUUUUACUUGUCCCUACGGGGUGUUUGCUUAUAGGAGAAUGCCCUUUGGGCUUUGUAAUGCUCCAUCAACUUUUCAACGAUGUAUGUUUGCUAUUUUCUCCGAUCUUAUUGAACACUGCAUUGAAAUAUUCUUGGAUGAUUUUUCUGUGUUUGGUCCUACUUUUGAUGAAUGCUUGCAUAAUCUUACUCUUGUACUGAAACGAUGCCAAGAAACAAAUUUAGUUUUGAAUUGGGAAAAAUGCCAUUUUAUGGUUAGAGAUGGAAUUGUUCUUGGCCAUCGUGUCUCUGAAAAGGGGUUAGAAGUGGAUAGAGAAAAAAUUGAAGUAAUUGAUAAACUCCCUCCCCCUUCUAAUAUAAAAGGUGUUCGAAGUUUUUUAGGUCAUGCGGGUUUCUAUAGAAGUUUCAUUAAAGAUUUUUCAAAAAUUGCUAAACCCAUGACAAAUUUACUUGAGAAAGAUGCUCCAUUCAUAUUUGAUGAACAUUGUGUUAGUGGUUUUAAUUUGAUUAAACACAGACUUGUAACUGCUCCUGUAAUAGUUGCACCUGAUUGGUCUUUACCUUUUGAAAUAAUGUGUGAUGCCAGUGAUAUAGAUGUAGGAGCUAUGUUGUGUCAAAAGAAAGAAAAAGUGUUGCAUGCGAUUUAUUAUGCUAGUAAGGUUUUAAAUGAAGCACAAAGGAAUUAUACAACCACUGAAAAAGAAUUGCUUGCUAUUGUUUUUGCAUGUGAAAAGUUUAGGUCAUAUGUGGUAGGCUCUAAAGUUAUUGUUCAUACUGACCACUCUGCCUUGAAGCAUUUACUGUCUAAGCAGGACUCUAAACCCAUGUUGAUAAGGUGGAUCUUACUUCUGCAAGAAUUUGAUCUGGAGAUCAAAGAUAAGAAAGGGAAGGACAAUGGUGUUGCUGACCACUUGUCAAGAAUUGAAGGCGGAGAUUCCAACUUAAUUCCUAUUUCUGAGGAAUUUCCAGAUGAGAAACUUUUUUCCCUUAACUCUUCUUCUUUACCUUGGUACACUGAUUUUGCUAAUUAUAAAGCUGCUAGUGUGUUGCCACCUGAUUUUACGUGGCAACAAAAGAAGAAGUUUUUGCAUGAUGUUAAAUUUUAUCUGUGGAAGGAACCUUUUUUGUUUAGGUGGUGUGCUGAUGGAGUGAUAAGGAAGUGUGUCCCUGAGGAGGAAUUUGAAAAUAUUUUGUGGCAUUGCCAUGGCUCUGAGUAUGUGGGACAUUUUAGUGGAGAGAGGACAACAACAAAGGUCCUCCAAAGAACUGGAAACAUCUCUUGGAAGAAUGAGAUGCCCCUGAAAAAUAUUUUAGAAGUUGAGCUUUUUGACGUGUGGGGUAUCGAUUUCAUGGGACCUUUCCCAGCUUCCUAUAGAUGUCAGUACAUUCUUGUGGCUGUAGACUAUGUUUCUAAGUGGGUUGAAGCUUCCGCCCUCUCAACAAAUGAUGCCAAGCCUUUAGAAAAAUAUGGUGUCAAGCACAAGGUUGCUAACCCCUAUCACCCACAAACUAGUGGUCCAGUUGAAGUUUCAAAUAAGGAGCUCAAAAGGAUUCUAGAAAAGGUGGUUAGUUCGUCCCGUAAAGAUUGGUCUAAGAAAUUCGACGACACUUUAUGGGCAUACCGAACUGCGUUCAAAAAUCUUAUUGGAACUUCUCCAUUUCAACUAGUUUAUAGGAAGUCAUGUCACUUGCCAGUGGAACUUGAACAUAAGGCUUAUUGGGCGACAAAAUGUCUGAAUUUUGAUUUAAAAGAUGCUAGUGGUAAGAGACUCUUGCAAUUAAAUGAGUUGGAUGAAUUUAGGCUUCAAGCCUAUGAUAGUUCUCGCAUUUAUAAGGAGAGGACUAAGAAGUGGCAUGAUAGUAAAAUUGUGAGAAGAGAGUUUUUCCCAGGUCAACAAGUUUUACUUUAUAACUCAAGGUUAAGAUUAUUUCCGGGAAAAUUAAAGUCUCGUUGGUCGGGACCUUUCAUUGUAAAGGAAGUAUUCCCUCAUAAAGCUGUUGAAAUUGAAGAGCCAAGUUCUAAACGAGCUUUCACCGUGAAUGGUCAAAGACUUAAGUUAUAUCAUGGGGGUGAAAUAGUUAGAGGAAAGACCACUCUGGACUUAGCUUCUCCAACGUAG